ACCCCGCUUCAGUCCGGCCAGCCCUUCAAGUUCUCCAUCCUGGAGACCUGCGACCGCAUUAAGGAGGAAUUCCAGUUCCUCCAGGCUCAGUACCACAGCCUCAAGCUGGAAUGCGAGAAGUUGGCCAGUGAGAAGACGGAAAUGCAGCGACACUAUGUCAUGUACUACGAGAUGUCUUAUGGUCUCAACAUCGAGAUGCACAAGCAGGCCGAGAUCGUGAAGCGCCUCAGCGGCAUCUGUGCCCAGAUCAUACCCUUCCUGACCCAGGAGCACCAGCAGCAGGUGCUGCAGGCCGUGGAGCGCGCCAAGCAGGUGACUGUGGGGGAGCUGAACAGCCUCAUCGGGCAGCAGCAGCUCCAGCCGCUGUCCCACCACCCCCCCCCUGUGCCCCUCACCCCGCGCCCUGCGGGGCUGGUGGGCGGCAGUGCCACGGGGCUGCUGGCUCUGUCCGGAGCGCUGGCUGCACAGGCCCAGCUGGCGGCGGCCAAGGAGGACCGCGCAGGCGUGGAGGCCGAGGGGUCCAGAGCGGACAGAGCCCCGAGCAGGAGCGUGUCCCCCUCGCCCCCCGAGAGUCUGGUCGGAGAGGAACGGCCGAGCGCCCUGGGUGGCAGUGGGAAGCAGAGAGAGGACAAAGAUCUGGCAGGGCCUUAUGAGAGCGACGAGGACAAGAGUGACUACAACCUGGUGGUGGACGAGGACCAACCCUCAGCGCCCCCCAGCCCGGCCAUCACCCCCUGUGGAAAGGCAGCAGCCUGUGUCCCCACCCGCCGAGAGCUCGUGGACAGUCCAGCCUCCUUGGCCUCCAGCCUCGGCUCUCCACUCCCCAGAGCCAAGGAGCUUGUCCUGAAUGACCUUCCGGCCAGCACGCCCGCUUCGAAGUCCUGUGACUCCUCCCCGCCCCAGGACGCGUCCACCCCGGGGCCCAGCUCUGCUGGCCACCUCUGUCAGCUCACGGCCAAGCCGGCGCCCUGCACAGACAGUGUCGCCCUGAGGAGUCCCCUGAGUCUGACUGGCCCCUUCACCACGUCCUUCAGCCUGAGCUCCCAUGGCGGCCUCAACGGGGACCUCUCUGUGCCCAGCCCCUACGUCAGUCUCCACCUGCCCCCCCAGGUCAGCACCUCCGUGGUGUACGGCCGCUCGCCCCCGAUGGCAUUCGAGUCUCACCCGCAUCUCCGAGGGUCCUCCAUCUCCUCCCUGCCCAGCAUCCCUGGUGGGAAGCCGGCCUACUCCUUCCACGUGUCUGCCGACGGCCAGAUGCAGCCCGUGCCCUUCCCGUCGGACGCGCUGGUGGGCGCCGGCAUCCCGCGGCACGCCCGGCAGCUGCACACGCUGGCGCACGGCGAGGUGGUCUGCGCCGUCACCAUCAGCGGCUCCACGCAGCACGUACCGCAGCGCUCGUUCCCUCUGACCCAGAACCGGGACAACUACAUCCGCUCCUGCAAGCUGCUGCCCGACGGCCGCAGCCUGAUCGUGGGCGGCGAGGCCAGCACCCUGUCCAUCUGGGAUCUGGCGGCGCCCACGCCCCGCAUCAAGGCGGAGCUGACGUCCUCCGCCCCCGCCUGCUACGCCCUGGCGGUCAGCCCCGACGCCAAGGUCUGCUUCUCCUGCUGCAGCGACGGCAACAUCGUGGUCUGGGACCUGCAGAACCAGGCCAUGGUCAGGCAGUUCCAAGGCCACACGGACGGGGCCAGCUGCAUCGACAUCUCCGACUACGGCACCCGGCUGUGGACGGGGGGCCUGGACAACACGGUGCGCUGCUGGGACCUGCGGGAGGGCCGGCAGCUGCAGCAGCACGACUUCGGCUCCCAGAUCUUCUCCCUGGGCCACUGCCCUAACCAGGACUGGCUGGCUGUCGGCAUGGAGAGCAGCAAUGUGGAGAUCUUGCACGUCCGCAAGCCCGAGAAGUACCAGCUGCACCUCCACGAGAGCUGUGUGCUGUCCCUCAAGUUCGCCUCCUGCGGGCGCUGGUUCGUGAGCACCGGCAAGGACAAUCUGCUCAACGCUUGGAGAACGCCCUACGGGGCCAGCAUUUUCCAGUCCAAGGAGUCGUCCUCUGUCCUGAGCUGUGACAUCUCCAGGAACAACAAGUACAUUGUGACCGGCUCGGGGGACAAGAAGGCCACCGUGUAUGAGGUCGUCUACUGAGCCCCCGUCUCCCUGCACCCGCCCGACCCCUGCGGAGGGGCGUCCGGGAGACCGCGGCGGCCUCCCUGGCCACAACGUGAGCGCUGGCUCCUGCGGUCCAGCUGCCUCAGCCCUGGGCAGGGCUCGGGCAGGCAAAUAAAUGUAUUUAUCACGGUG